GAGAGCAAGUUUAGGAAGUCCAAAAGUCACAAGGUAACCUCAUGAGCAAGCAGCCCUGACUCCUACAUCACAUAUCACAAUACCAGAAGCCCCCCACCCUCAGAUGAUACCAGAACAAUAUGGGAAGGGGUACAGCCAGUCAAAGUCGGGAGGGAACACCAAUGCACACAUCCAUAUGAAGCAGUUUUCACUGAGACGUGAUGGUGGACCAGCUUCAAGGAACAUGGAAAUCUGUUUCUUGUGAAAAUUUUGAAAACUAUUUGAAGGAACUGGGAGUAGGAAGAGUCAACAGGAAGCUGGGCUGUCUGGCAAAACCUACCGUGACCAUCAGUGUAGAUGGAGAUGUGAUCACCAUCAAAACCAAAAGCAUCUUCAAAAACAAUGAGAUUUCCUUCAAGCUGGGGGAGGAGUUCGAGGAAAUCACACCAAGUGGCCGCAAAAACAAGAAUAUAGUAAUCUUAGAUAACGACUCCUUGGUUCAAGUUCAGGACUGGGAUGGCAAAGAAGCCAUGAUCCGCAGAAGGCUGGUCGACGGGAAAAUGGUGGUGGAAAGUGCACUGAAUAAUGUCAUCUGUACUCGUACAUACGAGAGAAUAUAAGAACAUUCAAUCUCAAGGUCUUGGUGUUCUCAAAUUGUGACCCAAAUUACUAAUGUUAUUUAAAUAUAAUUCCCAAGUAAAAUC